GGGAUUCACAGGGAGGGAUUGGGUGUCAGGUGGGGGAACAACCUGAAACAGGCGUUUCCGGAGAAAAAAAAAAUCCCCUUUUCUCCCGGCCCCUUCCCUUCCAUCUCCGGCGACCCUCCGAUCGCCGGCGUGAGGGGAGGGGGCGGGAUUUUCGUCCCUUUAGUAAUCUAUUAGCUUAGGUGUUGGUCUUCUCUCGUAGUCGGGUCUUCCUGUCGUCGGGUUCUUCCCGUUUGUUCAAGUCGAUGGAUCGCCGGAGUUCGGCACCGUCGUCCCGGCGACGGAAGGAGUCGCUUUUAGUCGCCGAGGGUUUAGUUUGGAAAAACAGAGGAGGAGUUGCAAUGAGGGGAAGGCAGAUCGGUCAAAGGAACUUCUUCAACCUGUCAGAUCCAGCACAAGUUUGGUGGCGCUGCCCCCUCCCUGCAUCUGGCCGGCACGCAACGACAGUUGCGGCGUUGGCUGCCUUGUCCCCGGACACCAUGACCCACCCUCUCCGUCUCCGGCCUCUCCCCCUCCAGAUGUUGGGGCGGCGACGGUGUUUGUUGGGGUGGCGACAGCUCUCGGAUUCAAGGACAGCAGGUAACAAAAUAUUUGGCAGCCUGUGCUUCUCGAGAAUGCUGCGUUGGUGCUGGUCGGAUUGGUGCUUGCAUGAUCUGUUGGUAGAUGGGCUGGGGAUGAUAGUUGCUCAUCAAGGAAUUGCAGCUGGCCACCAGGUUAAUUUCUCCUCAUCCUCCUUUGUUGAGCUCCAAGCUGAAGUAGAAAGACAGCAGAUCAAUCAAUGCCAUCCUAGUUCUUGACUAAGGUUGGCCGGAGUUUGGGGACCUCUUUCUUGAUGUUUCUAUGCAGUGGUACCCAUGCUGGGUUCGUCGUUCGGGUUGAGGGCAGACCGUCCGAGCAAUCUUGUUUCGCAGGAUUGCAAGUCAGUGCUCCUCAG